GUGGAUCUCUCACAGUCUGAGCACCAACAAGCAUGAAGGCCAUAAUUCUCGCCUUUUCUGUGGCGGCUGCAGUAGCCAUGGCCGAUGUGGGCUUCAGCCACCAAACCCAUCGUACCAAUCCCCUGUCUCAAUAUUCCUUGCCGGUUGCUCGACCCCACCCCCAGUAUUCAGCCCCAGCUCCCCAGUUCAGCGACGCCCCAGCCCAGUACAACUUCCAGUGGGACGUCAACGACCGGUAUUCUGGUAACUAUUAUGGACACCAGGAACAGAGGAACGGACCCACUACUCAAGGAAGGUACUAUGUCAGGCUCCCCGAUACUCGCCUCAUGAGAGUCGAUUACUACGCUGACAAUCACGGCUUCCACCCUUCUGUUACCUUUGAAGGGGAAGCUCAGUAUCCUAGGGCCCAAACUCAAUCCUAUCAAGCCAUCCCUGCCUUCAGCCAGACUCUUGUCCGUUCUGUCCAUGCCCCAAGUCAGGCACAUGCCCAAGCUCCUAGCCAGGGGCACGUCCAUUCCACGUAUACUUCGACCCAACCCAACAAACAGUCUAUUCAUGGGCACGUCCAACCUACACAUGAAACAUCGCAAGACUACCAGUUACCUACGUUGUCAUAUUAUCAACCCAGAAAAUAGUAAAGACUUGAUUUUACGAGAAUCUCCACUGUUCCUAGUUUAUUUAAACCAGGAUGUCAUACAAUUGUGGAUGCAUUACCAAAGAGGUUGUUACCCAAAGAGUUAGAAACACUAUUGACCAUCAACAACGCUUACUAGACACAAUUUCACUGUAUCUCACUGUGACUGUGAUUCCUCCGAAUUAAUUUUUUAAUACGAUCUACUUAUAUUUCGCAUGAUGAACUGGCUGCCCAUCAGUUCUGUAUCGUUUGUAGGUAGUCUCGGGUCUAUUUCCUGACUUCAUAAUCAACAUCCUUCGUUAUUUGCUACAGAUCAUCAGCACUAUCGCCUUUUUGUCUGUUGUUGUUGUGCAGCUUCGGUCUUUUGUUUUGAAUUAUGAGUUGUUUGUUAUAUUCACAGAGAAAUCUGCUGUGUAUUAAAUACUCGAAUAAAAUAUUUACUUUGUUUUUUAAGCACAA